ACUCUCAUAUUAAUUCUCCCUAGGGGGGAGAGAGAGAGAGUAGUCCCUGCAACAAAAAACUGUACAGAAAUGGGCAGAAGUCCUCGGUGUUCGAAGGAUGGAUUAAACAAAGGAGCAUGGACUGCUCUUGAAGACGAAAUGCUCAUGGAUUAUGUUAAGAGCCAUGGCGAAGGGAAAUGGAGUAAUCUUGCCAAAGAAACAGGGCUCAAGAGAUGUGGCAAGAGCUGCAGGCUUCGUUGGAUGAAUUACCUGAGACCAGAUAUAAAGAGGGGGAACAUUGCUGAAGAUGAAGAAGAAUUAAUCAUCAGGCUACACAAGCUCUUGGGCAACAGAUGGUCUCUAAUAGCAGGGCGACUUCCCGGAAGAACAGAUAAUGAAAUUAAGAAUUACUGGAACUCCUAUUUAGCCAAGAAGUCAAAGGAUCAGUUCCCAUUAGCCAAGCCUACAGCUGAAAAAAAGCCAAUGAAUAUUGGACUUCACGGUGACAACAAGGUGGCAGUGGAACCAUCGACGUCGGACAAUAAGUUGGUUAAGAUUAACAAGUCCUCACCAUCAGAAUCAAGUGCCGGGUCACCGCUAUCGACGACCAGGGAAAAGAAAACGGCGGACUUCAUGUUGGACUUGAGCUCAGAGGGUUUAUGCAGAAUGCUUGACUUCGAUUUUGCAAAACUCAGUGAUGUUGAUCAUGAGAUAAACGAGUUGAAUCAGCCUCUUCUAUUGUCGGAGGGAAUGGAAAACAAUCACUCCGGCAGUGACUUAUGCGGUCAAGCUAAUAACAUGGCUUCGGAUUUUCGAUCAUUGUUUCUAGAAUCAGAUGAUGGUUGGUUAGGAGUUAAUAUAGAUAUUCUAUUCUCGGACUGACUAAGUUGGUUAUGUUGAGGAAGACAAGAUACCCGGACAUAAUAUCCGGGCAUUCCUUGACAAAAUAUAUUGUAUUUGCUUUGUUUCCAUUUGUAUUGCUCUGUUUCCGUUAGUAUUUGAAUUGCCCAGAAUAAUCUAGCGUAAUUGUAGGAAAUCACCUUGUAUAAAGAUGUAUCUUCUCAGUCAAUGAAUAAUUAUUCCAGGAAAACAA